AUGGACGGGGGAUCCGGCAAUGCCUCCGGCGACGGCGCAUCGACGUGCUGCUACUACGCGCUCCUCGGCAUCCGCAAGAACGCCUCCGCCACCGACAUACGCACUGCGUACCGGAGGCUCGCGAUGAAGUGGCACCCGGACCGGUGGGCCAGCGACCCCGGCGCGGCCGGCGAGGCCAAGCGGCGGUUCCAGCGGAUCCAGGAGGCAUACUCCGUUCUGUCGGACAAGGGGAAGAAGGCCAUGUACGACGCCGGGCUCUUCGAUCCCCUCGACGACGACGACCAGGAUUUCUCCGACUUCAUGCAGGAGAUGCUGGUGAUGAUGGAUAACGUGACAAACGAGAAGCCGGACACGCUGGAGGACCUGCAGAAGAUGCUGGAGGACAUCGUGAACGGCGACGGCGGUGGCGGUGUAGGCGGGCGGAUGCCGCCGCCGCCGGACGGUGCCCGUCGAACGCGCGUCGCGCCCUACCCGCAGCCGCAGCAGGCGCGCAGGUGA